CGGUCCAUUUUGCCCGCUUUUCAGCAUCGAACCAGCAAACUCAAGUCUACAAAGAUGUCACUAUCACAUCGGAUACGGCAAUGCCAAUGCAAAAGAACAGCUCAUGAUCAAGUACUCUCACAACGGAAUGGUUGCGGCCAGCCAGCGGAAGCCAAACCUGGGCGCCGUGAUAAGCGACAUGGAAUCGCGCCCAGCCACAACAGCAAGAUGGUAACACUUUUCCGCUGCUCCUUUCACGUAUCGGGCAGUUCCGUACAAGACACGUGAAAUCGCUGUUGAAUCCAGACCGAUACUGUUGCAUUCUGUCACCAUCGAACCCUUGUCAAGCUUAAAGCAAUCUCUCGCUGACGAAACAGCGAGCUAGUAGCCAAUCUCAACUGGUGAAAAUGGCAUACCUCGGCGGCUUGGCCACGGUUACGGUUAUGUUUAUCACCCAGCUUGGUGACCGACAACGGAACCGCAAUCCACUCACCACGAGGAAGCCACAACGCCGUUAAGGAAUCUGUACUCGGUUGAGUUCAUUGUGUACUUGACAGCCUGGUAUUCUCAUGACUAGUUUGGAUUUCUUGAGUUCGGUACUACCAAGCCUGGUGGCUGACUUGCUAGUCCUGCCCUGUGCCUUGUGCCAGGAGAUGCGAUGGGCUGGGAGCCUUGCAAUUUGAAACUAUGAAGCAAAAUCUUGAAGAGUUGUCACCACAAUGAGAAGGGGGCCCUCGACAUCAAUGAUGCUUCACCAUCGGUAUUGCGUACCCAUGCUGACUGGAUGUCAGAAAUUAAACUACUUGUCAACGAUAUCCUCAUGUCUCGCCAUGCUCCCUAAUACCAGUAUGGCACCCCGAAAGAACAUAUUUCUGCUCGUUGGCAAGAACUUGAUGCCCUCCUUGGCGUCUAUGUUUCGUGUGCUACCAUAGUAUGACUCGGCCAUCCACAUCAUUAGCACCUGCGACUUCGUGGAAGCCACCUGAGGUGGCUAUUCGAAGUCGAUAUUCUGCUGCUCAAUCAAUUUUGAUUUCUCUCAUUAUUAGCUUCCGGCUGUUGGUGUCAACACGGUACAGCAUCGUUGUCUGCUGGGCCGCCUAAACCAUUUAUUCACUAGGCUGUCGUUCUCCCUCCUUCUCUGUCUUGGCUUGACUGCCCAACCCCAAUCAUUGUCUCAAUGCGGAUGCCAAGACUCGACGUCCUUAAUGCCAUAGACUCGGCACCCGUGGUUAUCGUUUGUCUUGUCUGCUGACUUGACGACACCUCAGAAAUUAAUCAUCAAGCUCUGAAAGCUUUCAUAUUAUCCUACUUGUGAUAACCAACAUUUUGAGUCGCCAUCGAGCCAGCUAUCGAAGGUCCAAAAUAUUUGAACCCCAAGCGCGCUAGCUGAAAGAUCCUGCAUCAGGACCCUAAUGCUCAUCGGUCCAGCCCCAGCACUAGUGGAGCAAAAGCCAAAGACGACCGGUGCUUUGGAUGCUUGAUUACCCCCCUGUCUCGUUAUGUCUGUCUGGCCCAUUUCGAUUCUGGAACUCCACAUGGUUGUGGCCAACGCCCCUCCCUCCAGGACGCACAGGGUCGCUGAUGACGGACCAUGGGCUUGGGGGCGAUAGGCUCGUGUGAGUACGAGUGUGUGAGUGUACGCUGCGCAAUCCCAAGACUCGCCCAUCAAUGCUACAGGAACUGACUGUGCCUUCCGGAUGGCCAACCGGGAUAAGUCGAUUCGCCCACAUUCGCUCGCCUCCGCAAUAUCUUGGGACCAGCCGCACCUUGUCUACCUCCACUCUUCCUCUUAUCUUGACCUGCUGCUUUCUCAUUUACUCUGCUGUCUUAAUACUACCUUCAGGUCUCUUCCCUACCUGGCCGCGGCCUGCUGGUUCAUCCCUCGAUCAACUGCGAAGUAAUCCACCGAUGCAUCUUGGACCUGCAUCACCCACGAUAUUGCGCAUUUACCUUGGUUCUGGAUUGGCUUCUCCACGAUUGCAUAUUUGAACAAUAACUACAAGCUUGAUCGAUACUUGUUCAAAAGGCAACGCUACUGUUUUUACCGGCUAUCACGAUUAUAGUCGACAUAUCAAAUUGAUACCGAUUUCCACGAAGCGACGAGUCUACGAUUUUCAUGCAUUCUUCUCCCGCUGAGUCGAUAAUACUAUCACUCGAGUGCCACCGCUGGCGGCCUUAUGUUGAGGUAAAUCACCAAAACACUUCAAGGUCGACUCCUGGCACCCUACCACGACAUAUUCGACCACCCACCACGAUCACAUCGAUACUUCCGGCCAAGCUCUAGCCUUCGACGUUUAAUCACUACCUCGCUCGUCGAGCCCUCUGCGGAGGACGACGGGCGCGGACAGGGGACGCAAGAAUGGCUCUCUAUUCAGAACCUCCAACUCUUCGCGAAUUCAAAUUCGAUAAACCGACCCUCCUUGUUUGCUGGUGGGCGACAUCGUUCUGUACCCUCAUUAUCCUUCUGCGGCUUGCAGGCCGCUUUAUCCGUACCGAACGGCUGUUCACUGAAGAUCGUGUUGCGGCCCUAGCUUUGAUCCCUCUGUAUGCUCGCAUGGCAUGCGUUCAUUUUAUUCUCAUAUAUGGAACCAACAAUGCUCAAUUUGAUGGUGUUGAGCUUACUGACCUUCAACUGCGUCAAAAAGCCAUCGGUAGCGGCCUUGUGCUCGCCAGUCGGAUUUUCUACGCCGCAACCCUUUGGGUACUCAAGUUCGCAGUUCUCGAGUUCCUUCACCGAUUGACUCGAGCGACGUGGGAACGAUCAUGGCAGACGUCUUUAUACGUCAUUCGAAUAAUCCUCGUUGCUACUUUCAUCGCGGUUGUCAUCAGUGACUUUGUCGAAUGCCGCCCUUACAGUCACUAUUGGCAGGUUGUGCCCGAUCCUGGUGGCCAAUGCCGUCAAGGAUACGUGCAGCUUCUCACGAUGGCAGUCUGCAACGUGGUCACUGAUUUGUUGCUUGUCAUUUUCCCAAUUCCGAUCAUUGUGACAAGCGGAAUGACAAUCAAGAGGAAGAUACAGCUUGUGCUUCUCUUCUCUCUCAGUCUAUCUGUUGUUGGGGUCACUCUUUAUCGGGUACCCCAUAUCAUUGAUGACCACGGUCGUCAGCAGUAUCGAUCGCUUUUGGCAUCGGUUGAGCUUCUUUUUGCCACGGCUGCGGCAAACUCACUCGUGUUGGGAUCUUUCGUGCGUGAUCGCGGCCUGAAGAAGCAAAAGUUCCGCCGUUCAUCGGUAGCUGAGUCCCUCGACCCCUCACUCAACCUCCGCCGCCCGACUUUGCACCGACACUGGGGAAGCGAUGAAGACCUUGUACGGGACGUUGGCAUGACCGUUGACCCAGAACUUCAGGAUCAGCCUGAUAACUCGAGCGAGAACGGUGCUCUGCAAUACACCCCGGCCCCUCUUCUUCGCAAACUGGAUCAAGACCUCGAGCGCUGGCAAUUUCCUCAGAGAAAACGCAGCAACGCAGAGCACAGCGAUGAUUCUCUGAUACAACACGACCCACUCUCCCAGUCGAAAAGUGAGAACGGCAUAGCACCAAGGAGAGUUUCUUUCUUCGACGUUGGUGGUCUGCUUGAUGUGCCCCCCGAGAGUUCUGGGAGCCUUCGAGCAAACAGUCGUGCGUCGUCUAAGGAAGACUCUUCACAGUCGCAUUCGCCCCCAGCACCUUCAUUACCAGCAGGAUCCGGAGGCUUUCGCCGAGGUUCAACUGCUUUGCUCCAAGACCUCGGUGGCCUCUUUGGACCUAUGAAUUCGAGGUCAAGUCGGUCCAAGUCCAAGCCUCGAGGAACGGAAUUGCAGCCGAUACCGCAAUCCCGACAGGAGUCGCGAUACGAUUUGCAAGGACCGCCCGUGGCGGAGCUGAGGGAUCCCGGCGGCCUUCUAAACUAGCGGCAAUAAUCUUUGGUAUCAUCUGCCAUCACCUUUGACGACAUCUUCACAUUUUCACAUGCGACUACCUCACGACAACAGCGAUUUUUAUGGAAUUUAUUUGGCCUGGCUUGGAAGAUUUAUAUACGGCCUGGGGCGUUUAUGCUACAGGCUCUGAAUGUAUUUUUGGUUGGCAGGGCAGGAGUAAUGCGCAGGCAGGGAUCUUUUACUUGGGUAUAUGCGAAGUCUCAAUACAAGGCAGGAUUUGGAGAUCAGGCAUUCGCGCAACUAUCGCGGUUUGCAUUAUGAUAUUUUGGGAUUUUUAUGGCUGUGUGUCAGGAUGACAUGGUUAUUGGUUAUAUAUACCCGGCAAACGCCAAGUUAACGUUUAAUGGCAUUGACAUGAUUUGUUCAAUCUCUGAGAAUAUCCUGAAUGGCCUGACAACACAAUCGCCCAUUCGAGACACCGCGCUGGCAAGGUUACAGAAUAAUUCGAUGCCCUGGUGGCAUCCGUCGCUUUAGAAGAACAAGACUAUAACUAAGGUAUUCACAAGUCUCGCAUCUACCUACGCAGAGCAAAGGGCAAAGAG